CAACGUUCUCGGCAGUCGAGUCUCGUCGCGGGCUCGCACACUACUCUCACGUAUCUCUCAAAGUUGUUUGUUAUUGUUAUUGUUGGAUUUUUUUUGUUUCAAUUUCUUGCACUGCAUUGUCAAAGUGCAAGUAAUCGGCACGUUGAACGAGCCAAAAAUAAAUAAAGAAAUUAGUAUCCAACACUAGGGGAGCGGAGAGAGAAAGGAGACUUGGCUAGGCCCGAUAACAAAGCACAAUGAAAGGCCUCACCCACGAAGGCAGGAGUAGGGACCGACCGGCCCAUCGCAAGAGAGAUAAUCUUUAGACGGAAGUGGGCAUGACGCGCCGGACUAAUGCAGUGGCGAAAACACGUGCGUAUCAAGUACGGUGGUCGUGUCGGAGUUGGUCAAAGGCAGAAUCAGCGUCAUCAUCCGGAGCAGCAGCAGAAUCAUCGGCAUUCGAGGGAAAACGGAGAAGAUUCGGGACAGUCGCUGGAAGACGAGGAAGGAGGAGAGGAGUCGAGGCCGCAGCCGCCGCAUCAGCAGCAGCCGAGGCUGCAGGUGCGCGUUUUACAAGACGGUCUCGGCGGAUACGUCUGCCGACCUGCCAUUAUAUCCACCACGACAACCAUACAACAACGCCAGCUCAACGGCGGCGGCGCUACGGCCAUGCUUUGCUGCGGACGUAGAAAAGAAGGACGGGGGGAGGUGACGGACAUAAGCGUAAGUCCGGGACGGCAGGUGCCCGUCAACCAGUUGCGCCCCAAGGAGCCUCCCCCUAUGGUCAUUCAGGGAGACUUCAGAAAGGUAAGCGGCAUUACAAAUGAGAUCUUCAGGCAGUUGGAGCAGAUUGAGAAUGACCAUGAUGCGUCAACGGCUGCUGCACUCGAAGCAGUGGAGAAACAUGGCGAAAUGGUCGUCAGGAUCAUUGAGCCAAGGCAGAUGGGCCGUACUGCCACUGAAGCUGCUAAAAAAUUAGUCGCCAUACAGGAUCCAAAGUAUCCCAUCCACUUCGUGGAGAUCAUCAAGAGACCAGGUCAAACUCUCGGACUCUACAUUCGUGAGGGCAAUGGGGCUGAUAGGAACGACGGUGUUUUCAUCUCAAGGAUAGCACUGGAAACUGCAGUUUACAAUAGUGGUUGUUUGAAGGUGGGUGACGAGAUACUAGCGGUGAAUUUGGUGGAUGUAACGCACAUGAGUCUUGACGACGUCGUGAUAAUAAUGUCGAUACCGAGGCGACUACUGCUGGCGAUCAGACAUGGACCUCAUCAAAUUGUUACACAUAGUAGGCAAAACGAACAGAAAGGACCGCCAGUUGUUGUGAUCAAGAAGGAUCUUAAUGAAGAUGAGACAGACCAUAUCACCAGUAAUCAUAUAAGGGCCGACGUAACAAGUAGACGACGUGGCGACGGUCGUGAGAUGUUACCGUCGCGUUCGAAACUAGGCCUAUCAGGUUUCGGAUCAACGCAAGAUAUUGGGGCGAGCAAUGGUGAUUUGUAUUAUAAUUCGCGGCCAGAAAGUCAACUAGGUUGGACAUAUCAACCGCCACCACCGCCGGUCAUUACGCAACAGCCAAAACCGUCCGCCACUCAGCAUUUUCAGCCUUAUGAACGUGGUUAUCCGAAAACUCUUGAGAGCCUCGCCGAGAAGGAUUUCACCAAGGUCCAUUCGUUCUACCCGAUGGCUGGUGCAACAAACGGUACGCGGCGCAUGUCUGCGGGUACGGGUAUGCAGUCGGCAAUGAGUGGUCGUCUUGGACAGUCACAUUAUGGUACUGUUGGCUAUGGGCAGCAUUCGGCAUCUGGACGACUUAUGCCACGUAGUGGAUCUGAUCAGCAUCUACCGAGGGUUGAUUAUACUAGUAUUACCACUCCGGCAAGACACACACUGCUAAGGUCUAGUCUCAAGACUGGUUCAUCGGCCCUACGUUACGGCACACGUUACGGCACAACGUCAGAGGCGUUGGCAUCCCAACGUCAAACGCAAUUCGGAACGUUGACUCGUAGACACAGGCCAUCGCUCGAUUACGCGUCCGACACGGAAGCCACGUGCUCGAGUUCACCACGCUCGGCCUACUACUAUUACAGGCACAACUUGAGGGAUCCUGGGCCAAGUAGUGCUGUCUCACAUUUGGCAACGCUGUCGCGAUCGCAGAUUGGCCAGAGUACCGUGAAAGGCAUGGGAAAGCCGCCGCUCGCGCAUGUUCUAGGCUACAACAGAUCGAACUCGUUGCCGCGUAGCACAAGAACGUUGCCGCAUCAGCCAAGCCUUAGGCCGGGCCUUAGCACCGUCGCGUCAGCUCUGAUUGAUCAGGAAGAUAGCGAUGGGGCAUUGUCGGCACCUGAAUUGCCAUCGGUACGACGAGAUCGAGGAAGAAUACCAUCAACACCAAACAUCUACUCGUCAGAUGAGUAUAGAGCUUGGUUAAGUCGAACACCAAGUACCUCGGCUCUUUACGAUCAAAUUCGCUCGACUGCACGGCCGCCAAGGUAUACCUACAGUGCCGAGAACAUUCAUGCAGCUGUUAACAAAGCCGAUUACGGUGGUUACGGUACGUACCGGCCGAUGUCGAGUACUUUAGAUCGCUUAUCUACGCGCUCGGCCUCAGCACAGCAAGUAAAUCUAGCGAAUCUACGCGCCUCGACGGCAAUCAGCUCGACAGGGCACAGGGCGACGGCAAAUCACCCAGGACGACCAUCGUCGGUAGCAUCGAACGUUCGCGCUUCCUUGGUUGGUCCAAAAACUGGCGGUUUAAUUGGUACAGCAGCCGCACAACGAGCAAGUGGUGUCAGGAGAAUGAGAAAUAUUAUGGAUCUCGAAACGAACAGGAGUACUAUACCCACACCUACGCCUGCACGAAGCAUUGAUCAAAGACUGCUAGACAUUAAUCCUGCAGAGUUCCUUAAGUAUAAGAUAGAGAAGCCACCAACGGUAGGCACGCCAAGUUCGACAAGCUCGUUAUUGAGUUCCCUGGCUGAAGGCACUAGUGGUAGUGGCAGUCAUACUGGCGGUAGCGACUUUGCCAACGGUGUGAGCGGCUUACUGUGGGUUCACCUCUUGGCCGGACGCGGUCUACGCGCCACCAAUUCCACCUCUGCAGCUACUACGCCUUCCACGCCGUCAGGACAGCCUAGCCUAGUAAACUGCGGCCUGAGAGAUUUGUACUGCGUUCUCGAGUGCGAUCGCGUUCACAAAGCUCGCACUGUAGUGCGUACGGGCGAUUUAAUGUUCGAUUGGGAUGAAAAUUUCGAGCUCGAUCUCGUUGGUAAUCGCCAGCUCGAUCUGUUGGUAUACUCAUGGGAUCCGCAGUAUCGACACAAGCUUUGCUACAAAGGUUCCGUUCAUCUGGCAAGUCUACUUCGAGAAUCGCCGGUACAUCAGUUAGCGGUGAAAGUCGAGCCACGUGGUACGAUAUACCUGAGGCUCAGGUAUACCGAUGCCCAACAAACGUUCCGAAGACGUGGUCUGCCAAUCAUAUCAUUGGCUACGAGAAUAGCACCACUGUUCGGUAUUGAUCUCGAAACAGUUGUAACGAGGGAGAGCAAAACUGGUGGGCUACCUGGUGGUGUAUCGACUGCUCUGGCGUUCGGUGGUAGCGGCGUCCCUAACGUGCCCAUCAUUGUUUGGAGGUGUGUCGAGGAGGUCGAACGACGUGGACUGGAUAUUAUCGGCCUGUAUAGACUUUGCGGCUCGGCGACGAAAAAAAGGAUACUACGAGAGGCGUUCGAGAGAAAUGCGAGAUCGGUUGAUCUUUCGUCGGAUAACGUACCCGACAUCAACGUUAUCACAGGUGUGCUGAAGGACUACUUGAGGGAACUGCCAGAGCCGCUGUUUACCAAGUGCCUCUACCAGAUGAUGGUCGAUGCACUUGGCGUUUGUCUACCAGACGAUCCUCAAGGCAAUGCUAAGUUGAUGUUUAGCAUACUAGACUGUCUGCCGACUGUUAAUAAGUGUACGUUGAUCUUUUUGCUGGAUCACUUGGCGCUGGUCUUAUCGCAAUGUAAUAAAAUGUCACCGGCGAGCUUGGCGAUAUGUUUCGGUCCCGUACUGAUGCUGCACUCGGACGACACAGGUGGACCUCUUGACUUCCAACAGCCAAUAGCUGUACUCAAGUAUCUACUGGAAAUUUGGCCUGUUAAGUCAGUUCGGAAGAUUUCUUCAACCGCUUCAACACUUCCACGAGUUACGCUCAGCAGCACCGGGAACGCGAGCAGCACGCAACCGCAUCAAGUCUCGGCAGCUGUUUCUUCAGCUCAACAGCAACAACAGCGGGAUCAACAGCCGCAGACGCUGCAAUCGCAGCAAUCGGCACGCCAAUCAAUGUCGCAGCAGCAGCAGUCGCCGCAGAGUCAGCAGCAGCAGCAAUCACAUCAGCAGCUCAAGUUGCUGCAGCCAAUCCAGCAAUCCCACCAGCAGCAGCAGCAGCAGCAGUCGCAGCAGUCGGCAACCUUGCCUCGAACAGGGCUGCCCUGGCAGCAGCAACCCUUACUUCAUCGUCAAAACCCGAUAACUACUACUACUACGCCCCAAGGACAACCAACGCCGCCUAUAACAACCCAUUCGGUGCGGCCACCUCCGCCACCGCCUAUCAAGCCGCGACAGCAGCUGCAGCAGCCGUCGCCGCCACAGCAGCAGCAGGUGAUAGUCUCAUCUCCAGGUUCACCUAGCAGCGACGAUUCGAGCAGCUACCAGGAAUCGGUUAAAAUGAGCCAGCCGUUACAGCAUCAACGCGGGCCAUUGCCGUCUACCACGUCGAGCAUAUCUAUAAGUGGCAGUGCUUCCAUGGCCCCGACGACAAGCAGCAGCAGCAGCAUGUACAAUGCAAUGACUUCGAAUAAUCCACUGUCGCCAUUAAAUUCUGCUGGCAUUAACAGCAUGAGUAUGAACAUGAAACCACGUCUACACUCCACCAAUCCAUUUCUUAUGAUGAGCAAUGGCAAUGGCAAUGGUAAUGGCAAUAGUGGUAGUAAUAUUCAUCAUACUAGUGGCAGCCUCGUACACAGUGCCAUCAACUUCUUUAGUAACGGUACCAAUGAAGUUGUGACACCAGCAAGUAGCGUCGGCACUGAAGAUGGCAAACCCGAAGAAGCUGAACGUGGCGUUGAAGCUGAUGCUGAAGCUAGCGACGACGAUCACGUACAGAGUUUGAAGAAACAAUGAGACGCGGCCCCGCCGCCACCGCGGCGCCUGGUCAAUCACUUUAUCAAUCACCAUGCGUACUAAAAAAAAACCGCGUGCGACGAAAAUUUUCGAUGCGAGCACCAUUACAUUAAUGCCUAUCGUUUACAGUAAGAGUGCGUGUACACUUUAGAUAAGCAAUGUGUAUACUUACGAUGAGACUUUUGUUAGCGAUGCGGAUGUAACGUACACAAAAAGGUAAAUCUGUGCUGGACCACGAUAGAUACACGAAGUCGAAGGAAACGAAAACUUGUCGCUGGAAUACACAUUUCAAUCUAAAAGUAGUAUAUGUUUGGAUUUUUUGACUUUUUGAUUCAAAAAAAGUCUGAUUGCUAAUUAGAGAGACGCGAUAAUGAUACACGUACAGAUACGGAAAAAAGCGAGUUUUUAUACGGGAUUAUAUACCUUCUAUAUUGCUGGGUUUUUAAUCUCCCUCUCAUACGGCUAACGCACCUGUACAGGUGACGAACACACACACACACACACACACACACACAUACACACACAUAUAUGUUGACUGUGCGCAGUUGUAAUCUCGAUCACCAAAGAUUGAAUUCAAAACUAAAAACGAAAAAACAUUAAUAAUAAUGAUAAUUAAUACGUUGAAUUACGCAUAAUGCUCGAUUUAUAUACGAUAUAUUAUAAAUAUAUACAUAAUCUGUAUGUAUAUAUUGCGUAGACUAGCCACGAUAUACAUGUGCUUUUGAUAAAGACUAUUACCUUGUAGUGUAUUAGCCAUGAAUUCAGUUGCGAGUAUAAGGCAUACGUAAAAAAUAAAACAAUGUGAACGAUGAAUUAUAAUGAAUGACUAGAAAAAGUUAAAAAUGAAAUAUAAAGUAUAAAUAAUUUUGAAGAAUCUGACUUGCGAAUCAGAGAAUUAAUUGUUCUGUUCUUAUCUUGGAAAGCUAAAAUAUACAGACGAAUAAUUAAUCGAUCGAAGUCACGUAUAUAUAAAACUGUCAUAUGUGCAUGUAUUGACACGGAUAAAAGGAAAAGACGACCCGAAAUUAUAUUCAGCAACGGCAUAAAAGCGUUAUUUACAUGCGCAUAUUGACAAUAGAUUGAUGAUGAACGGAAGAAAACCAAAAAAACCUUAAUAAGAUGAAUUUUUAGUUUCCAUUGCCUUGAGAAUUAAAACGUGAAAAGGAUUAUCCCUUCUAGAUCCGUCAUCAAUAGUUAGUAUUACUAAAUUACGCACUUUCUGACCAAAUGCUUAUGGAUUGUCAUCGUUCAGAGAAAAAAACCUAAAUAAAAACGUAAAAAAAAUUAAAAUUAAGAAAAAUUGUUACAAAACGUAGAUCGUUUUCGAACGAAGUGAAUCUCAACAAAGAUUUGUCAAAUAUAUUUUAAAGCUACCGUAAAUAAAUACUGUAUGAUUUUUGACACUUAUAUAACAAAUUUAGUCUUUUUCGUGAUCUUUCAUUUGCGCAUAGCAUUUGUGUAUAAAUAUAAAAUAGCUCGUGUAUAAAAAAAAAGACGAAAUGCAGCGUGGAAAACUCAUGAAUUUUUGCUCAAAUUUCAGAUUUUCUUAAUAUUUGCUUAAAAUUUUUUAAAUUGGAUAAGACAGGGUUGAAUCAGUUAAAUUUUAUAAAAUUAAAAAAUUUUGAAAUAUCAGUAGUUGGAAAUUUUGAUUAACUGGUUUAUUUAGAUAUAUUUAAAUCGAUUCAAUCCAGAAUAAAGAUUAUCAAAAAUAGCGCGAAAGUAAAAAUAUAACGAUAUUAAUUGCCGUUGCUCAUUGACCAAACUAAGUAAUGAACGCAAAGCGACUCCUUUGAUGAUCAUAUAAACUUGCGUCUCGCGUAUUUUUUUCAAAUGCACACAAAUGUAUGAUAAACAAAGCAUCAUCGUUCCGCUAAUACUAUACAUUAUAAAUUUCCCAUUCAUCUUGUAAUAAAACUAUCGUCCGGCGUUGAAUGACUCGAAUGAGCGUCGAAUAAGUGGGCACUCGCAAAAAAAAAAAUCCUCAUUUCACUUCUUUUCGAUAAUGAUGGUUUUGAAACGUAAUAAUAUAAACGCAGGAGCUGAUGAUAGUAUUUCGUGGAAAUUUUAUAUUAUAUUUUACUCGGACGAAAAAGUCGCUAUCUAGAGAUUGGAGCAAGAUUAAAAGAAUUUGCGCAUUUGAAUUUCGGUUGUGUGAAUAUAAAUCAAGCGCACUCGACACUGUAAAAUGAAAAGAAACAUAAUAACACAAUCUAUACUUUUUAUAAACAUUGAUUUUGUAAAAAUAUGAUAAAAAUUUCGAAAUACUAUAAAUUAGAUCCUUAAUUUAGUGAAGCAAGGAAUAAAUCAUUUUUAAAAACAAUCACAUAAACAAUUCUUGUAAGCAUUCCAAUGCCAAGUACUGAUUACGGAAGGUGCUGAAAAAAUAUAUAAAUAAAUAUAUAUGUGUAACCUCAUUUAUCGCAUACUAAUCAGUGCCCAUAAUUUCGAGUAAACGCGCGAUAAAGGUCAUUUUAGAACGGGGAUAAUAGCGAAUUGCAUUUUCAAUAAAAAAAAAGAAGAAAACGAAUAAUAUUAUAAUAUAAGUCCACUGCCGCAUUUUGUAACGUCGAUUGUUACCACAUAUGUAUACUUAUAACCGAUUAAUUAUGUAUUUUCACCGAAUGCAUAAACAAAGAAAAGUUAUAGUUAACAAAAGAAGACUUCUCUCAUACGAUAACAUUAAAUACACAAGUCCCGCGAAAGAUAAACAUAAACAAUACACUUCGGACAAUACAUACUAGUCACAACAAAGAAAAAAAGAGAAAAGUUCGCAGAUAUGUAAUUUGUCAUAGGUUUGUGGCUCAUAUCCCGAAUUGCGCCACGAUUGAAUGUUUAGUCGCUAUCGAUGUCAGUGAAUAGUUUAUCGACCUAACAAAACAAACAAAAAUAAAGUAGUCGUUAUGCUGCGUGACUUUCAAGUGAUUUUCAUUGUUUAUGUAUCUGUACAUUGGAUUUUUCGCGCCAAAUGUGUAUUUAAACAUACGCGCCUAUUAUCAGUUUUUUUUUCUUGUAAUUUUCUGAUAAUAUAUAAUUGUAUAUUUGUAUCAUUCAAUCCUAUAUGAAAACAAAUAAGUCUUCUAGCGCACAUUUUUCGAUAUUACACUUUGACGAGUUUUUGUACAGUUGAAUCCUCCCGUCGUACUGGAAUAUAUCAAAGCAAAGAUUGUACUUUUCGCCAAGAAUUUCCGAAUUUGUGACGAGUAAAUGUUAAAUCUUUAAGUUUCUAGGGAAACGUGCACUGUAUAAAAUUAUUAAAUGAUCAUGCAUGGUGAAUUCCGUAAUAAUAAAACUAGUGACCAAAAAGAUCUCGAAUUGGUGUUAAAAAUAGAGUUAACGAAUAUGUUCUUGUUAAUAAUAUUAAUAAAAAAUUAUAUAAUAAUUUACAUGUUUGUAAAUUUAGAUCAUUAUUGAUUCAAUGCUUACAAACAUAUAAUUCACUUUUGAAUUUGUCAGUGACAAUUACAACAAGAACAAAACAUAAAACUGAAUAUACCGAAACUAGAAGGCAAAAUUGCAAUGGUAUAAUGAUUGCUCUUUUACAGAAUUCAAAACCGACUCAUUUUUAAUGAAGCUGCUCAAAAAAAUUACUACGUUUAAAAUUAUAACGGAUUUUUAAGAGUUUGUUUGUAUUAUAAAUGUUAGCACUUGGAGUGAUGGAAAUGAUACACGACACCGAGUGUUUUAUAAGCAUUGUAUUUCACAUUCUUGAUAACUCUGAAGUAAUUUUCUUUUAUUCUAUCUAUAUUUAUAUUAAUUUAUAUUACUGAUAAAAAGUUCGAUUUUUUGUCUUCCUUAUAGAUGCAUUAAGUUGUUUGCCACAAAUAACCUGUGUGAACGCAAGGACCACAAUUUCACCCAUUCAUUCAUAAUGAAUUUCUAAACAAACAAGACAUUUAUAUACAGAUUUUUCUAAAAUUAACAAUUAAAGUUAGUAAUUAGUUUCAUCGGAUUGAAACAGUUUGUUUGCGUUUAGAUAAAAGAAAAUAUGGAUGUUUGUCAUUUGCUCAUAAAUAAAUAAAAUGGCUCUAAUUAUUAUCAAUGGCUAGUCCAUGAAGCAUGAUAUGUAGAAAGUAAUAAUAGACGAAAAAUGUUCUCGAUAUAAUAUCAUUUAAGAAUCUACUUGUCGAACUUUCACUGUUUACAUUAUUCCUUUCUUUAUCGAAAGUUCUGUUCUGUCGAUAAAAUACCACGAAAUUUGUCAUCUAAAGAAACAUCAAAUUUCUAUAUGAAUUUAACAAUUAUUCUCCGGGUCCAAUUAACGAAAGGAGUUUAUUGAAAUAAGCGUAAAUCGAACUGAAUAUUGGGAGAAAAGUAAAUCUGCUCAAUCAAGCACUGAUUUAAAUAAUCCUCGAUAUACUUACAACAAUAUAAGAUUUUUAAAAUAAUACACAUCUUAGCUUUUCCAUCUCGUUUAUUGAUUAUUCUGGCCUUGAAGCAAUCAGCUUUUCACGUGCAACACGCAGUUUCUAAAAUAUACCGAUAAAAUACAAAAAUAAAGGAACAUGAUACAAAAAAGGCUCAAUUGAGCUGAAACUAUUUUUUUAAUUUGGUAAGACAACUGUAUAAGCUUGAUAAACAAAUUUUUGAAAUGCUUACAUUCAAAUUUCAUCUGAGCGCUUGUGAAGUGUACAUAAUCAGAAAUUCAUGGUCUUUCACCAUUAAUACAUUAAACAUUUGUUGGCUUUAUGUUAAACAUAAAGCCAACAAAACUUCGAAAAUAUAAAAUGUUGAAAUGUCUCCUUCUCGUUGAAAAAACCAGAAUAUUGCACUUUAAAAGAACAUAUCCCUUCUCAUUAGUCGAUGCCUCUGAUGUACAUUUAAUAAAAAGUAAAUAAAAUCGUAUUAUAUUACUGAUUGAACACUUUUAUGUAAUAAAGGGUAACAGAAGUCCAUGAUCUACAUCAUACAAGACAUCAGACAUUUAUUCAGUCAUUCGUACAUUAUUGAUCACUCAGCGAAUAUUUUCUAAUUUUUCAUAAAGUCUAAUUGAUGCAGAUUUAAAAAAAUAAGCUUUUAAGAAAAUGUAUUAGUUUCGAGAAUAAUUUUUUUUCAUGAAAAGAAAAUAGUCGAUGUGUAUGAUAAAACUUAAAAUGUACACAAGAGACCGUAAUCUCAGACAUAGUAUACAUAUCAUAGAAAAGCGUUUUUUAUCAUAGAAAAUACAAAAUUAUUCACAUUUUGCAAGCUUACUAAUUAACUAAGCUUUUCUCGCAAUGAUAAUAUAAAAGUACAUUAUCAUUGCGAGAAAAGCGUGUAAUGGAUCCAUCAUCAUCAUCAUCGUCAUCAUCAUCGUCAUCAUAAUCAUCAUCAUCAUCGUCAUUAUAAUUAAAUACAAAACUGCAAGAUAGUAAAGGCAAGCAAGUCUUCGUGGAUAAAAAAAUGGUAUAACUAAUGUACGCAUAUCGACACUGAAUCAAUAAGAAUGCUGAAUUUAUUGGAUGUUAUUAAUCGCUUUCAACGUUAUAGCAAUGUAUAGAGGCAAUUUAUCAAUUUUUCUAGUUGAAAGUUCUACUUUGAAUUUUUCUGCAGAAUCCGAUACAAUCUAUCAAUUUAUAAAUCUCUGUUCAAAGAUAAGAAAUAAAAAAAAUAUUUAAAAAGAACAUAAGGUAAGAAAAUAUAAGGCUUAUAUAUAAAAUGUAGGCGCAUUUUCGAUUUGUUGAAUACAUAUCCAUUAUGUACGAAUGAAAGCCCUUUUAUCCUCUAAGAGUGAUAAAAGUUAUAUAUUUAACGAAUACCUUGAACAUUAAUAUCACAAUCGCACAAUUCAUCGUCAAACCCAUAAUCAUUAGAGCGAUAAAAAAGAAUACUGAACACACAUAAAAAACGAAUGCUAUAUCGAUUUAAGAAUGCGCGAGAAAUAAUAUUUAAAAUAGUUAUAAUGUAAUGAACCACAAAAGAAUUAGUAAACGAGCAAAAAAAGAAGGAAUUUAAUGUCAAGCGUGCAUAUAUAUACGUACCUUCGUAGUUUUUGUGGAUGAAUUUAAAUACGAAAAGAAAAGAAAGCAUAAAAGUAAUGUCAAUGAUGAAGAUUAAACACAAUUAAAACGAUAAUAUUGAAAGGAAACAUCGUGAUUGACAGAAAACGAUUGCAAGAAACUUAGAAUUAUUUUUAUUUUCAAUCCUAUUCUCAUUGCGCUUGUAAUAGGGAGAAAAAUUUGGGCUUCUCUUGAAGUCUUCUCUAUUCAUCGUGUAAAAUGGAGCGAUGCACAUGUAAAAGCAAAUAAAAACAUAGCUAUCAAAGCAUGGGCAAGUGUAACGCGACUUAAACAUACGAAGUAAAAAUAUUAUCAAUGUACGAAAAAGUAAUUAAGUCGCUCUGAGAAUUGAUAUUCUAUAGCAUGCAUAUUAUACGUGCAUAUAAAUAAAUGCGAAUGAAUGUGCAUGAACAAUGUGAAUAUAAGUGUGUGAGGAAGCGAUCGAUGACAGAAGCGUUAUAACAGAAAAAUUGACGAUCGUGAUAUUUAUAAAAAAUAAAGAAGAAAGGAAAAUUGUAAUUAUCAUGAGCGCGUCAUAAAUAACAUUGUGUACCGGCAGGCAAGUACAUAGACGAAAAACAAUCCGCCACAUAUAUAAUCCUCUAGUCUUUAUACGUGCGAAGCAAGACAUCCCAUCAGGUAUACAUACAUAUAAAAAACACACGUAUAUAUAUAUAUAUACACACACAUAUACAUACACGUAUACAUAUUACAGAUAUGUUAUAUUAUUCAAUGUAUAUUACGAUUAUAAAAGAAACAAAAAAUGUAAAGGCAAGUAUUUCCGUUGUACACGCGGCAUUUCGAUGAAAACAAAAAAAUUUUCGUGAUUAUAUUACGCUAGCGAACUGAUCAUUAUCACCAUGUACUAUUUCAAUUGUAAGCUAAACCAUGUGUGAAUGUGUAUUGAUGCGACGAUCAAUGAGUUUGCAUAAAUAGAAACUUGACAGUAUACAGAUGACCGACCGGUAAAAUUACUAUUAUAGACAUUAAGAAUCUUCGUGUGAAUGAACAAUUAUGAAUGGAAUAACAUUUAUAAGCUAUGAUAAAUAGUUGAAUUGAAAUAAAGCUUUGUUUUCAAAUUAUUGUAGAAUAUUGGCACAUCGUACGCGUUAUAGCACAAGUAAACACAUCUUUCGUGAUUUUUGAAUGUAUAAUAGCUUAUGAAAAUUAAUUGGUGUAGUAAGAAAGUGUCAAUUGCAAAACUCGAAAAGACAACAGAAUAAACAAAUAAACGCGAAGUAGUGCAACAGGUACACAAAGUAAAUAAAAAGUAAAGAGAAUAAUUAUUGCUACAGUUGAUAAAAGAAAAAAUGCUUCAUCUUAAUUAACUAUAAAACUAGUUGAAAACAUAUUCGAAAAGACGCGAUGAUGAUGAGAGACACGGGCAAGCUAGUCACUUGUACACUUGUUGUUUCGUUGAUUGUUUUGCAUAAAUUUUAUUAGUGAAAUAAUAAAAAAAAUGAAUAAACACCGUUACCAAGUCUCGUGCAGAGCGCAAGAGUCGGUGAAUUUUUUUUGCGAUAAUUUCGCAAUAACUGAAUCAUCGCCUGAUAAAGAAUCUUUCUUAACGGUCGUCGAAAUGACUUAUAACGGCGACUUUAAGUUGUUUUAUAACGUUAGUUGAAAACGUUAAAAGUAUGCAUGUUAAUUUCUCACUAUGGUACCUCAUAAAUAACUAGUUAAAUAAUUCUUUUGUAAAUACUUAGUGAUGUUGUUGAAUAAUUGUUUUGGAGAUCUAUUUAUUUAAUAUAGAAUUGAUUGAUUUAACAGAUAUGAUUUGACGAGCUUUGCUCAAAAUGGUUAGUUGCUAAUUGGUAAAAUUAUUAUCUUGCUACUUAUUAAAUUAUAAGUAUAUCUUUUAAAAUUGAAAAGAGCAAUUUCAGUGCGAGUGACUGGUUUGAUGAUCAAUUUUGUAUGUAUUUUAGUUUUUUAAUUCUGAUUUAAUAUAUUCACAACUAUCAAAUUGACAAAGGUUUGCUAUCAAUUUGAUUUUUUCGUUUUAAUUGUAAAUAAAUAAUUAUCCCUAAUUGCAUUGAUUUUGUUAUAUUUGAUCAAAACUCAAAGUUUCAAUCAAAAUAAUUUAUUGUUCUGUUUCGCGUUCAAAGAAAUUUUUUUAGGACAAAUAUUGUAAAAAGGUAAUUUCUAUUUUUAAUUAUUCAGAGAGGAGGUUGGAUAUAAAUCUACGGGUUUGCGAUGUAAACUUUGGUCAAUUCGAAGAGUCAAAUUUACAGAUAGAAACGAGAGGAAAAAAUAACGGCACGCGGAGAAUUUUAAGCGCUUCUAAAAGUGUACGCUGUCGACAAUUUAAGUGUAAGAAUAGGAAAAAUAGCGAGAUAAAAAGAUAGGAAAAUCCGCGUGAGGCGCGAGACAUGGUCACGGCGUGAAACCGUUGCAGUGACAGUACUAUUUUUCUAAGUUGCAAAAUAUAAAAAUGCGUAAUGGAAUAAAUUAAUAACGUUGCAUUGUCGUUAUUAGAGUAUAUAUUAAUAGAAUAUAUCGAAUAUUUUAAAAGAAAACUUAGGAACAGAGAGUGCAAAAGAAAGACGUGGACUUAUAUGUAAACGAAAAACAAAAGUGGUAAUAUUGACGGUCGGUCGUCGAGAAAACUUGAGUUUUGCAUUAUAUGAUCGUAACGUUGAUACUACAAUAAAAAAAAAGCGAACGCUUGAAUAUAAUAUUAAAUUUAUUGACUGUAUAAUGCGAGCGACGUUAUAUAUUUAUUGUUGCGAGCUACGACCCAAGUAAGUGAGAAUAUCGUAGACGAUUAAAACUUACGAAAAAAAAAGGAAUAAGCAAGAUGAUCUAUCUUAAGAAGUGUUGUUAUGGGAAAAAAUCUCUCAUCUCGUAGUGCAUGAGUUGUGUGAAGUAAAAAAGAUUAAAGAAGUGAGAAUGAGAAAGAUUAUAAAUUAUCAAAUCGUUCUGUCAGUCACCUCAAACCUAUGAUAUAUUAUACAAUGUCAUGAUACUAUGCUGCCAUAUAAUAUAAAUAUAUGUCUACGAUAAGGAAACAGUAUAUGACUAAAGACGAAAAAGUAAAAAAAAUAAAUAUGUUAUAAGCACGGCGGUGAUGACGUCAUAACAAUUAUUUUUACUGAUCUAUUUAUUGUUCCUAAAGUUAUCCCAUCCUCAAAUUUUUCAUGUGAAAGAAUGAGAAAAAAAGUGUA